GAAGGAAAAAUUUAUGUGAUGAAUGAAGAAAAAGAAUAGCCAAAGCACUUUCCUUUGGUCCCAUUCCCAUACCAAUGUCUCCUCAAGCAGCCCCAUGAUUUGAUUUCCUUCUUUCUCCACUUCUCCAUCAUCACUCCUCUCUUCCUUCUCCGCUCCACAACCUUCUUCAAAAAAAAAAAAAAAAAUCAGAAAAAAAUCCCAAAUUAAAUUCUGGCUCCUCAAAAUCUUAAUUUCAUCUUCAUCCUAGCUAGCUCAAUUAUCUAGCUGAAUUUCAAAAAAAAAAAUGAUGUCUAGUCAUCAUGAUAAUAAUCAUCAAGGAAUUAUAAGAGAAAUUGGAGAAGGGUCAUCGUCCUCGACGAGAUCCGCUUCUUCCACAAUACUAUCAACCCAUGGACCUCAUCAUGAUCAGCAUCAGCAACAGCAACAGCACCAGCAUCUCCCACCACCGGCUCAACCGGCUCAGUUGAGCCGGUACGAGUCGCAAAAGCGUCGAGAUUGGAACACGUUCGGGCAAUACCUAAGGAACCAAAGGCCGCCGGUCCAAUUGUCGCAGUGCAACUUCAACCACGUGUUAGAUUUCCUAAGGUACUUGGAUCAAUUCGGGAAAACUAAGGUACACUUACAAGGUUGUGUUUUUUUUGGUCAGCCAGAACCAGCUGGACCCUGUACUUGUCCUUUGAGACAAGCUUGGGGAAGCCUUGAUGCUCUCAUUGGACGGCUCCGAGCUGCUUACGAAGAAAAUGGCGGCUUGCCGGAUAAAAACCCUUUCGCCAGCGGCGCGAUUCGGGUUUAUCUCCGGGAGAUAAGAGACUCUCAGGCUAAGGCUCGUGGGAUUCCUUACAAGAAGAAGAAGAAGAAGAAAAUCCCUGUCAAAACUGAGAGCUCCAAUUAUUCAUGAGAGAUCCAUCUUUCUGGAGAUUGCUCUUUUUGCUGGCCGGUGAUCGUCAUGAUCUUAUACGUUUGAUCUUAUGAUCAUGGCGUCAAGACUAUGAAAUAGUAUUUGGCGAAGCAUGCUUCCAUGCAUUUGGAUGGUAGACUUUCAAGUAUAACACAAUACUCCUACGCCCCCCUCAAAGAAAGAUUUAUGCUUGUGUUUUUGAGAAAUUAUGUUUAUUGAACUACAACAUUAUAUGCAAAGAUUUUUUUUUUUUGGGGGACAAUGGAGCAUUAAUUUUGCCUAUACUAAGACACGUUUGGUCUGUUUGUUUAUGAUGUAUAUAUACCUGGACUCAGUUUCGUUAGGGUUUCAAAUUUUGGUGAUCCGUCAUCGUCAUAGCUUGGUUAUAUAUUAAAUUUUUUUUAUAGUUUUUUUUUUAAAUGAAUAAACCAAGGCAUAUGAUUAUAAGAAAUCGUUUAUGGCUACCGGUUUUUUUUGUUUUUUUGUUUCUUUUUUUCUUCUUGCGGGCACAAAGCUAUACGGGUUUUGAAUGCAUGCAUCAACGCGGCUCUUUCAGAAAAUGGAUCGCAUUCAUAUAUUUCUCUUCUUCAUACCUCUAAUUUCCUGUUACGGAAAUGACAAUGAUUUUAUUUGCAUCUUUUAAAAAAAUUCCAGGUCAUAAUUUAUGGAUUUUUGAGCCAGCAACACUUAUUUUGUUGAAAUGGAAAAAAGAAAUAAUUUAUUUUUAUAAAAGAUUUCAAACCCGGUUUUGGCAAAAAUUUGAUCAACAGAUCAGUUAUUCAAUAUUGGGGAUGCAGUGCAAGAUAUGCAAUCAUUAAUAUAUUUAUUUUGGUGUUUAGCAAAGUACGGUGUUGUGUUGGUGAGUUAUAUCAUACAUCAAAUCAAGCAACUUUGUGUUAUUUUCCUGCCAUUAAUUCGACUACUAGUGUUGCAAUUGUAAGUUGGAUAUCAAUUUUGAUUGCACUUCUUUGCUUGAAAUUCAUGCCAAACUUAGAAAUUUUUGUUGUGCGAAAUCGAUCUUUCAACACCAUUUCUAAUGUGAUAGUGUAAAAUUAAUACUCGCGUUUGUAUCAUUUUAAUAGUUUUUAUUAUUUUAUUAAAUUAGAUAGUAUUUCAUCUAAUUUAAAAUAUAUUUUACAUUGAGUUUCGACAUUUUUAUUAGAAAGAGUAUUAAUUUUAAGAUAUA